AUGCAGGCCAAGAAGCGGUACCUGCUCGUGUCUGUGGGGGCCGGUCUUCUCUUCCUCGUCUAUCUGUGGGGUCUGCAAAUCGGGGAAUUCCAGCAGCAGUCAUACCAAUAUCACCAGUUCCCCCAGUACCCCCAGUAUCAUCAGUACCACCAGCAGGAGUACCAGUUCUAUCGCCAGAGCCAGGAGGUGUACUAUCCGAGGCCUCAGCCCCUGCCCCAGAGAAGCCCGUCCAGACAGCCCAGGCACUGGCCAGAGUCGACCCAGCUGCUGGAGCCGUACCUGGAGGGGGGAGAGCAGGAGGAGGACAGCCCUCAACUCCAUCACCAACACACAUCGCCCCGUGAACGGCGGGCGAUCCGCGACAACAUCUACAAGAACAAGCGCUGUCGCAUGGAAACCUGCUUUGACUUUGCUCGCUGCCAGUCGGGCUUCAGGGUUUACAUCUACCCUCCACAGAGAGGUGACGAGAUAUCCGAGACCUACCAAAAGAUCCUGUCGUCCAUCGAGGAAUCUCGCUUCCACACCACAGACCCAUCGAGGGCCUGUCUGUUCAUUCUAGCAGUGGACACCUUGGAUAGGGACCAGCUCUCAGUUCAGUUCGUUCAAAAUGUGAGGGCUCGCAUCCAGAGCCUGCCAACGUGGAACGAUGGCAGGAACCAUCUCAUAUUUAACCUCUACUCUGGCACCUGGCCGGACUACACAGAGGAUCUGGGCUUUGAGGUGGGCCAGGCAAUGCUGGCCAAAGCCAGUGCUGAUGUGGUCAACUUCAGACCCAACUUUGAUAUUUCCAUCCCCUUGUUCUCCAAGGAACACCCGCUAAAAGGAGGGGGCAUAGGUUAUCUGACGCUCAAAAAUGCACCGCCUUCCAGGAAAUACCUGCUGGUUUUCAAAGGGAAGCGGUACUUAACUGGCAUUGGUUCAGAGACAAGGAAUGCUCUGUAUCAUGUCCACAAUGGAGAAGAUAUUAUCCUGCUGACCACGUGUAAACAUGGCAAGGACUGGGAGAAACACAAGGACUCUCGCUGUGACAGAGAUAAUGAAGAAUACUCAAAGUACGACUACCAGGAGCUGCUCCAUAACUCCAGUUUCUGCCUCGUGCCCCGGGGCCGACGUCUUGGAUCAUUCCGCUUCCUGGAGGCCCUGCAGGCUGCUUGCAUCCCGGUUAUUCUCAGUAACGGCUGGGAGCUCCCCUUCUCCGAAGUCAUCGACUGGAGGAAAGCCGCCAUCCUCGGAGACGAGCGACUGCUGUUACAGGUUCCCUCCAUUACCCGGUCUGUGGGCCAUGACAGGAUCUUGGCUCUCCGCCAACAGACUCAGUUCCUCUGGGACGCCUACUUCUCCUCUGUAGCCAAAAUCGUCUUAACUACUUUGGAGAUCAUCCAGGACCGCGUGGACUCCCAUGUGUCCAGAAACCGGUUGUUGUGGAACUCCCUACCUGGUGGUCUCUAUGCACUCCCUCAGUACUCAACUGACCCUGCACAGUUUCCUUUUUAUUACGCCAUACUGGGUAAGAGCCCGUCGCAGCAGUUCACAGCAGUGAUCCAUACGGUUACCCCUCUGCAGUCCCAGAUCUCCCCUGUGGUGAAGCUCAUCAUCGCUGUAGCCAAGUCCAAGUUCUGUGCACAGAUUGUGGUUUUAUGGAACUGCGACAAGCCUUUACCCCCCAGGAAUAAGUGGCCCUCCACCAGCGUGCCUCUCACUGUCAUUGAAGGACAGACCAAGACGAUGAGCAGUCGUUUUUACCCCCACGAUGCCAUCCUCACUGAUGCCGUUCUCAGUCUGGAUGAAGAUUCGGUUCUCUCAACCAAUGAGGUGGAUUUUGCCUUCAUUGUAUGGCAAAGUUUUCCGGAGCGUAUCAUAGGUUAUCCAGCAAGGAGCCACUACUGGGAUAGUUCCAGAUCCCGCUGGGGUUACACCUCCAAAUGGACUAAUGAAUACUCCAUGGUCCUUACAGGAGCCGCUUUCUACCACCGAUAUUACCACUACUUGUUUACCCACUACAUCCCGGCCAACCUGCUGACCACGGUGGACCGCAUGGCUAAUUGCGAGGACAUCCUGAUGAACUUCUUAGUUUCGGCCGUUACCAAGCAACCGCCCAUCAAAGUCACACAGAAGAAGCAGUACAAGGAAACUAUGAUGACCCAGGGCUCCAAGGCGUCUCGGUGGGCCGACCCGGACCAUUUUGCCCAGCGCCAGACCUGCAUGAACGCCUUCAGUCACUGGCUGGGUUUCAUGCCCCUGGUGCACUCCCAGAUGAGAUUGGACCCAGUGUUGUUCAGGGACCAGGUUUCCAUCCUGAGGAAGAAAUACAGGGACAUUGAGAGGCUGUGA